AGACUUGCCAACCAGUGUUGUACGUGUAUACUUGACUUGAUACUGUCUAUCACAGCAUAUGUUUACAUUCUUUACCAGUCAACUAAAGUGUGAACUUAGUCAUGCAGUGUUGCACUUCUAAUGAGUCAAAGGGUUAUUAGUCAGGAAUUAUGAAAUGUGCUUCUUGGGCAAGGGAUGCCAUUAUGAUUCAGCUGGUGUUCUGGGAAAGUUCCCCCUUUCUGAAUCAUAGCUAGUGAAUCAGUGGGGAGUACCAUGCCUCUAUCAGCAGUUGAAUCAGUUGGAGUACAGCUAUUACUGCAGUUAUUACUGGUCCUCUGCGUAGACCUGUAUGGUCAGGGCUGAAUGAGCGUGUGGGCCAUAUUCCUCUUAUGGAGUUUAAUAGGAGUCGUUCAACCGAAUCUCAGAUUUGGUCUACAGCUUUCAGUCAAGUUUCUGACAUUGCUUGGGAUAUUUUAUCCUCCCAAAGAACAAGGACAAGUGUCAGUUCUGUGCUUUCUGAAGAAAGACUACAGGAAAUUGCUGAAAAAAUAUAUUACCUCUCAUUAGAUUCUUUCUUACCAUCUGAAUAUGGGAUUUGUAAUUGCGGGUGUCUUUGUGUCCCCUCCAGGGAGGAUUUAAGAGGAAGUAAUUUGCUGGACUUGCGACACAGCUGUGGUUGUGUGGAGACAUGUUAUAUUGAUGGAUGGAGCAAUGCCCACAAUUUGAAACCCGCCCUAAAUAAAGGAUUGUAUCAGGUCCCCGAGCAAUAUGCCGCACAUGCUGAGAGUCGGGUGCGACGACCUAUACAAUGUGUAGGAGGUGUGACAGCGUUGACGGGUCCCAACAUCUCAUCAACGGAUUCGCAUGACUUGCUUACACUUGCACACACUGUGAGCUGGCCGCAAAUAGACUAUUGUCCUUCCCAUUGUGUCAUUUUGGGGAAUCGGUUUUAUCCACUGUUUGAAAUAAACGGGAGGCCAGCCUCUAGUCCCAUUGUCCCUACCCGGCCAGCAAUGGCCAGUCUGGCUGAGUCUGAUCGCCCAGUUCGUGACGAAGGUGGGAUACUUCCGUAUAGACAAAGGGAUUUGUUGUUCGAUAGGCAUCUGAGGGAGUUUGGUCUGAUCAGUGUGGAUGGAUCCGUGAAUGAAAUGGUGUUUGAGCAUCUUUACCAACUGUGUUCACAACAAAACUUGAUUCAGUUUUAUCAAGAGCUGCACUCUCAGUACAUAUUUGAGUUCUACCUGUGGUUGUACGUCAGAAUAUGCGUGGACAGGAAGAUGCAGAAAGUUCAGCAGAAGCUGGAGAUCAUUUCUCGCAUCUUAGGCCAGCCGGUUGAGAGUGUGCUGAUAUCCACUCUCACCAGCUUUGUUCAGAAGCUGGUGUCAAAACAAAAACAGAUUGUAGACUCGACAUUGAUCUUGCUCAGACAAGUUGACAUAGGGGAAGUAACUCCCUUGCUGGCCUCUCGCUUAGAAGACCUUGCAAGAACCACAAAUAUUCAGCUGGAUUCAAAGCGACUGCAGCGUAAAUUCUGCAGAGAUGUGGCCAUUACAGCCAGGAGGAUCCUGAUGGAAUAUCAGAAUGGAUUAGUGUCGAAAUUUUCCAGCCCUGGAACUAGAAGGAGGACAACUCGUGAACGCAACACAUUACGGCAAUCGGAAUCUCCUGAGCGCCGUGCCUUCCAGCCCCCUGUGUUGACAGGGAGACAACUCCAUCCUGCGGCCGUCCUGCCCGGCCAGUCCCCCCAGCAUCCCGUCGUCAUUGAUGUAGAUCAGGUUCAAGUGUCUGCACCUGUUUCCAUGACGCCAUAUGCCAUCCCCGUGUGCACCGGUCCGCAUCAUAUGCCUGUGUGUAGUGCCGCACACAUGCAGAUGUGCAACACGCAGCCAACAUGGUCCAUUCCUGCAUGCACGGUGCAGCUGCCGUCGUGCAGCAUGCAGCACAUUCCAGCGUGCAGUCUGCAGCAGAUGCCGGUGCCACACACGAUACCACCGAUACUGCACCAUACGCACCACCCACCCCCUCACCAUCCAAUGCCACACCACCAUGGCUUGACGCACGCCGGACAUGCACAGUUUCCACAUGUCCCACAACCUCAGAUGCGGGAUGAAGAGGUGCAGAUUAUUGCAGAACACCGGCCACACUACCCCCUCCCCCCUAGUAUUCACCCUGGGGCAACACUUAACCCCUCCCCUCCAGUCAUUUUACAAGAGCCAGUUGUGCACCCAACACCGCAUGAUAUAUAUAUGGGUCCAUAUCAGCGCUAUUACGCAAGAAGAGCUGCAGGACGCAGCCGGUUACGUGGAUCACUACCACCACCUCCACCUCCCUACCCAGGAUUCCUUCUUCACUUCCUAGCUAUGUUGGGUAACCCCCCUGUGCCUCCCUACGGCCGAGACCCCCCAGACGAGGCGACGGAGGAAAACUACGAGGUAGGUGCCCUGUUGAGCUUAGCGGAGAGACUGGGAGAGGCCAAGCCUAGAGGUCUUUCUAAGGCAGACAUCAAACAACUACCUGCAUACUACUUUAACAGUGAGACUCCGCGCUCGGACCUGGACCAGACGUCAUGCGUGGUGUGCAUGUGUGACUUCGAGAGUCGCCAGCUGCUGAGGGUGCUUCCGUGUGGCCACGAGUUCCACACAAAAUGUGUCGAUAAAUGGCUCAAGACCAACCGAACCUGCCCUAUAUGCCGAGCCGAUGCCACCGACAUGGCCGGGAACCACUCAGAAUAAUACUGUCCACCAACUAGCAGGUGGCGCUGUUGUCGCCAACACUUCAAUGGAAACAAGAACAAGCGUUGUGGGAAAAGACAAAUGUGCAAACUCUAGCUUAAAAAACUAUAGAAUUUGUACAUAGCCACAAUUCUCUUUCUCUCCUCUGUUGGUUCUGAAUCUAUCAAAACUCAUUACCUCAUCGUAUUGUGUGCGAAGCUGUAUAUAAAGCUUGUGCUUGGCCGUAGAUAGCUUGCAGACAGAUGUCAAGUCUAUACCAAGGAGAAAUACAAUAUUGGUUGAUUGGACUGAGGCAAGUCAGGGACAAACUGUGACUUUUCUACUCUGACUGUCAACAACGAGACAGACCUGUUGGAGAGCUGCACCCACACACUGUGUUUGAAUACCUUGAACAUUGCAAGGAUUGAACAGAUGUUGGAAGACUUUGUGACUUGUGUGAGGAUGGACUACUUUCCUGGUCAAGGAAUGGGUGUAUUGUGUCUGCCUGCAUUGGUGCUGUAAAAAUGCUUUGUCGCUCAAUUUUUGUUUGUGUAAAUCGUCGCACACGAUAUUUCUUGGCCAGUUUUCAGAUAAUCGAUGUAUGCAAGAGUAAUAAGAACUGUAUAAAUCUCAUAGUAUUUUCCUACCUGUAGUAUUUUGAAGAUUCAUGACAUGCUCAAGGAAGGUUAUUGAAAUAAUUCAGAUUUAUAACAUUUUUUGUUAUGCAUAUACGCAGUUGAAAUAAACAUAAUAAUUCCCAUCUAUUAAUUAUAUCAUCUCUCAGUGAUGACAUGCUCCAGGAUUCUCAAAUAUGGUACAUAAUAUUUGUCUGAGCAGAUGUAAUCUACGCAACUGACAUGCCAAAAUAUGAAACAUACCGUGUACACAAGUACUUGUAGGUACAAGUCAAACUUUUAGGUUCAUUCAGUAAUACUAGAGUUAAGAUUCAUGGGAUUAACAAAAACGGAAACCUCUUGUAGAUUUCAUUGCUUGUAUAUUUCAGUGAAAUUCAUUAUUCAAAUACGGUUGUGGAAGCCCUGCUCAUCAUCAAAGUGUCUUCUAAGGCAAAUACAUUUGCAUGUACCUUGACAUGAAUCUGUCACAGCUUAAAGCAUAGUAACUAACAUUGUUAAAAAGACGAUUAUGAAUACGACAGUGAUUUGCCUUUAAGCAUUUAGACCAUGGGUUAUGACCAUAUUUGCCUUAAUCUUCAGAUAUUUGGUCAAUUUCAUUGCUUUACUUUCAAAAUAAGUCCAAACAUUUCUUGUAUAGUUAUUCUCCAUAAAUCUUUCAAAGUCAUAGCAUAUUCAGGAAUGUCGAAUACUUUUUCCUCUCUCUUUUCCAAGCUUUUGCAUAAUUUUAUAAGCAUCUUCAUGCUGCGUCUACAGCAGUGCAUUUCUUGUGUUACAGCUUUGAAGAUAUAUUUGUUUAAUUAUCUUCACUGUUUCUGUUUCCUUUAGUUUUCUUUUGCAAUUUAUACCUCAAUACAAAAGUGGACAAAGAAAUUCAUUUGAUUUCAGUUUAUUAUUCUGGUCUGUUUUGUUCUGAAUUUUUAUCUUACAGGCAAAAAAUGUAUAUAAAAAUGUUAUUGAUUGAACAAGAUUGAGUUGAAUUUCAUUACUGGUUUCUGAAAGUUAGAUAUUAAUAGUGAACAAUACAAUGCCUUAUUCAACAAAUUUAUUAAGCAAGAAUUUACUAGAUUUAUUAUCAUCCAAUAUUUAUUUUUGGGGGUAGUUAAUCUUUAUGAAAAGUGUGUUUCCUCUUUUUAAGUUGUGGCUAUUAACUGUUUUCAUAAGAAUCUUAAUCUGGAUUUUGACAAGUAAUAGUUUGUCCAGGAAUUUUUCUACCAUAUAAUCUCUUUACUCACCUAAUGAUUUCUUGUAUGAACUAUUAACUAUAAUAAAAUGUUCUACAUUAUUUUGAAGUAGGAUAAUGUGUGUAUGUAGUUUUUCUUUAAUUUGAUUACAGUUAUGACUACACAAAGUUCUUACUGUUUAAGCUUUUCUUCCAUGUUAUGCAAAAUGUUAAAUUUCACACUCUAGAAGUUUGACAGUAUGUAUAUCUAUAUAUAUAUACUUUCCCCCUCUAUGCGGCAUUGCAUAUAUUUUGCAGUCUGUUUCUACUGACUAACUGUUAGUUGUUUUUGUGUUGAUCACAAAUAAUAUUCUGUUCUGAUCUAGUGCAUUAUAGAAAUCCACUUUGUGAAACAGGAAGUGGUACGGGUUUGCUAUGAAGGCUAGCUUCAGUCACAGUACUUGAUAUUUCCAGUCAAUAAGUCACAGUUAAUCAAAUGUCUCUUCUCACAGGGUACACAGACUGAAACUUUCCCGCCAUUUGUGAACUCGGAAGAGCCUGUAGCAAUCCCAAUAUGAUCUACCUCUGCUUAUUUCUAUAUUAUACAAAUGCCUUUUUCUCCAAUAUAAAAUUCCAAAUGUUCUGUGCUUUGUGAAUGUCUCAGAAUUAUGAAUUGUUUUGUAAGGAAACAAACAUUGUUUCAGUAUAUAUCAAAUGUUGUAAAUGAAUGCAGAUGAUGCAACUCACUUUCAAAGUGUACCUUUCAAAAUAUAUGGCAAUAAACCAUAAAGACAA